UCCUCGUCCGACGACGACAUGGGACCACAGCUCCCGUCUGCGGAAGCCCCCAAGAAGAAACGCCGCAAGCUUCCGUAUGAAAAGCUCUACAUCUCUGCUCUCCCUGCCUCGGGACGAUACUCGAAGUCACUCAUGCACAAAGAGCAGUUGUCUUUUGUUACCAUGACGCCU